CAGCGCCCUCUCGUGAUUUCUACCGAUUACUUCCAGCUGGAUGCCGAGCACAAAAACAGCAGAUUGUCGAAGAUUUAGUCCACUGAAUGUUUCAGAGUUGCUAAUGCAGUUAGAUAUUUGCACACGAAUCUAAAGGGGCUGAACAUUUGGUGUAAAGAAGACCCCUUUUAAGACCCACGUUCAGAGAGGCCAACCUGAGCAGAGAUGCCUCUGGAAGACAAAGACAAGGACACCCCAAAAUCGACGGGAGACGAUUGUGGGGAUUCCCCUGGAGCCAGCAAUGCCUCGGAUCAGGAGCCUGCCCUGGAUUCCUCAGGGGAAGGGGAGAUCUUCAGGAAGAGACAGCGAGUCAACAGUCCACGGAAGAAUGAGCCAAUGGCCUCUCCCCACAAGCACGCUACAUUUGAAGAGUUGCUUAAAACUGCUGGGCUGGUAUCUAACAUGGCGCUGGCUCAUGAAAUUGUGGUGGACGGAAACUUUAGGCUCAAGCCUCAGGAUCUACCAGACAACUCUAUUGAAAAACAGGUCCGUGACAUCAUGCACAAAGCAUUCUGGGAUAGCUUGAAGGAGCAGCUUGAGGGUGACCCACCGUCCUACGACCAUGCCAUUAUAUUGUUGGGGGAGGUCAAAGAGUUCCUGGGCUCCUUGCUCCUGCCUCAGCAGGAACGUCUCCGCACCCAGAUAGACGAGGUCAUCGACCUGCCCCUGAUCCAGCAGCAGGCCGAGCACGACGCCUUAGAUGUCUAUCACUAUGGCAACUUCAUCAUCAGUACCAUGGCGAUGCUGUGUGCUCCAGUCCGGGACGAGGAGAUUGCCAAGCUGAAGGAUCUGGUAGAUGUUGUGCAGCUCUUUAGAGAGAUCUUUCGCAUCCUGGAGUUGAUGAAACUGGACAUGGCUAACUACACACUGCAGAGCCUACGACCCCACCUCAAGCAGCAGUCAGUGGACUAUGAGAGGGGCAAGUUCCAGGAAUUUCUCAAGACACAACAAGAUGGAUUGGAGCUGACAAGAAAGUGGUUGGAAGAGGCGGCGGAUGACCUGAGGUCACGUGAGCCCCAGCAGCCAAUGGAGGGCGCUACAUCCUCCACCUCCUCAUCCCCAUCACUCACACCAGUCAUCAUACUGAACCAUGGCUACAUGAGGCUUCUAGACUGGCAAGAUGCACGCUUAUUUCCAGAGACAAUCGUCAUGGACCAGGCCAGACUGCAAGAGAUGGCAGACAGGUUGCGGAAGUCGGUGCUGAUCGCCACCGUCCUACUGGUGACUUACACCAACGUGGGACCAAUCAUCACUAGCAUACAGGGCUUCCCGAGUAACUUGAAGCACCACAUCGAUACCAUCCUAGAGGGAGUCAAUGAUCACAGCGCCAUAAUGCCGAACGUUGCUGAUCAGGUGUGCACCGAUGUCGACAAGUGCCUGAAAGAACGCGGCAUAGCUGAGAUGGACGCCAUGAAGACAGACGCCUUGAAAAGUCAGGUCAUCGCAGCCGGCGACAGGGAGCACAGCGUCCACAAAUUACUAGAUUCCAGAGCCCGGUCCUUCAUCAAAAUGCUCAUGAGUGGCCCAAUCAACUUUGACCCGUCAACUCGCAUCCCCCCGGGACUCACCACCAUCCAGCCCCAGCUCCUAGAGGUCGCGGGUCAGUUUGUCAGGGUCAUAGGUCACAACCGGACCGUCUACGGACCCUUCUACUCCGAAAUUCUGGGCAAGAUGCUGAACAUCAGAUGACAGUGAUUCUAAUGCUGAAUGGACUUGACCAGUAUUUGAAGAGUUUACUUCUAAAAUGCGAUAUACGCCAUUGUCUUCCCUUUUAGAAUCCUGCUUUCCCCUGGCUGCCCAAAAGCAAUUUUGAAGGUUUUAUAUAGUUCAACACAAUGUUAAGAAUUCAGUAAAGCCACACAUGAAGUUUUGAAACAACCUUUUAUAUUGUUUAAAGUUUUAAAAAUAUACAAAUUUUCCCCUUUUUUUCAAAUGGAUAUGUCGCAUUUUGGAAAUAAAUUCUUCGUUUUUAUUAGGCAAAAUAUUUAUUGUUUUUAUUAGGAGUUGCCUACAAGAUUUAAGGAUGCACUUAAUUUUUUUGUUAAAUUUCAGCAUUUACAAGGGAAUAGGAAUAUGUUUACUGUUUUUCAUUCAGGAUUUUUUUUGGGGGGUACACCCAAUAACUGUGGGUCAAAUCAUUUAAAAAGUAUUUCUUACUGGAGAAUGUUGGGAGCCGUGCUUUUGCGAUAUUAAAGAUGUAGAUAGAAAUCAAAGCCUUGAAUUGGACGGUUUCAAAUGGAAAUUUCAUAUGAUGUUAAUUUUUAAAGAGGAUGCAAUUAAAAAUACCGAUUGAAUUGGCUGAAGGGUGGUUUCCCAAAGGAAUAUCACAAGUCAUCACCAGAAGGAAGAGAAUGUAGUAAUUCAUAUCCAAUUGUACUUGAUGAAAUCUUGGAUUUUACGGAUUUCGCAAACCUGGAAAUGGCACAGUAUUAUUCUUGUAGGAGUAUAAAACACUAUGCAGUAUUGAAUUACUUUGCUGUGAGGUGUUUUUUUGGUAUUGUCACUUACAUAUUUUGUUUUAUAACAUAGACUUCAAAAACAGAAGUUGACAUUCUUCAUUCAUAGGAGCUAAACCAUACAACAAAUGUGUGAUAAUUGAACUUGAACUUUGUCUAUUUGUUGGAUGUUAACUCAAAAUACAUGUUAUGAUUAUUGAGAUUGUUGCCGAGGGAAUGCCUUUCUUACAAUUAAUAAAAAAUAAUUGAUUGCCAUUUAAUUAGUUUAUAUGUAAAAAAAAUUCAGGGUUUGGUUUCCGUUUACAAUUUAUGUUUGCUGUGCGUCUUUACAAGAAUCUGAAAGUAUAGAAGGCAACUCUGUAUGAUAAAUUGAGUAGAAGCUCCUGAAUGUCAUUGAGCUACUAAGGGGCCAAUCAAAAUUUUCAAUGUUUGUAAAUUUCGAAUUAAAACGUGGAAUUUUUUAAAGGUAAUAUAUACAACAUUUG